UGUUCGACUCAUCUGGAAAAAUAGCAAAUGGGGUGAUUGGUGGAAAUCCCACAGCGUUUGGUGAUUUCGACACUUGUCUUGAAAUAGAAUCUCCAAGUGGAAAAUUUAAAGGACAGUAUUGCCAUAUUGAUUUUGUUCCUUUAUUGCCGAAGAGAGAGCUGAUGACACCAGCAGAAAAGCCAAUAGAAAUCAUUAAUACACUAUUUGAGCCUGGCACAUUGUCUGACACCUUAGCAAAAAUGGCUUAUUAUCUCUAUAUUACUCAAAUACGCUUAAAUGCCUGUCUCCCUUCAACUUGUUCAAAAGAAGAUUUAACAGCCUUGUUUUCUAGCGGUAUGUAAAAUAAGUUAUUUCUGUAUGCUUUUU